AUGAACCAGUUAACCUUUGUCAGCUGUCUUUUGUUCUGUUCGGGGUCUCAAGCUGCCUUCCAGGACUUUGUGAUAGGACCUGAGGCCUAUGAAGGUGCUAACGAUGUGGCCCCGUUUGGUGAAGAAUUUCCGGAGGAGAUGGACGGGGAUUUAAUGGUGUCAUUCCAGGAUGUACAGCAUGAUGGAAUUGUGGAUACCAAUCUGCUGAUGAAAGCUCUAAUGCAGCAUGCCAAUCGUUUGGGCAUGAGUUUGGAAGAACUUGCAAGCUUAAAUAUGCAGCACGAAGAUGAGGAAGCUAUGAACCAACUUGGUUGUUCAGCUGAGCAGGAUGUAUUCGGAUACCCAGAAAAGCCCACUUGGCGGGAUGUACUCUUUAACUAA